CAAAAUAUUAAUAUAAUAUAAUAUACCCAACGACUUAUAUUUUAAUCGCUAUUUCAAAAUGAUGCCUGCACGGAUUGGUGGGAUGCAUAUAGCGAAUGAAAACCCUUUAGGGCUUUCAUGGCACGAUUCUGCGUGGAUACCUUUAUUAACACCUUCCAAUAUUAUGGAUUACUUCUCAGAAAAAUCAAAUCCAUUCUUUGAUCGUACAUGUAACAACGAAGUAGUGAAAAUGCAGCGGUUAAGUAUGGAUCAGCUACAAAAUAUGACUGGCUUGGAAUAUAUUCUUUUACAUGUGCAAGACCCUAUUUUAUAUGUCAUAAGAAAACAGCAAAGACACAGUCCACAACAUGUCAUUCCUCUUGCUGAUUAUUAUAUUAUUGCUGGAAUUGUCUACCAAGCACCUGAUUUAGCAAGUGUUUUGAAUUCCAGAUUGCUGUCAGCAGUGCAUCACUUACAAUGUUCUUUUGAGGAAACCAUGAUGUAUUCUAAAUAUCAUCCAAGCAAAGGAUAUUGGUGGGAUUUCAAAGCAAAUAAAGCAGGUUCAAGUCCAUUCAACUCUGCGCAGUCUGCUCCUAAAGAGGUGAGCACUGGUCCAAAAGAGGAGCCUUCAACUCUCUUCCAACGUCAAAGGGUGGAUAUGUUGCUUGCCGAGUUAGUGAGACAAUUUCCAUUGCCAGUUAUUCCAACAACAUCUAGCCAGACCAACGGUGUGACUGUGAAGACAGAGAAUAUGACGGAUAAGGAUAAACCAAUAGAAAGUAACAAUGUAAACAAUAUAACAAUCAAACAGGAACCCAUCGACCCUAUCAACACUGACAUGACAAAUGGAUCAAUGCAAGGACAUAUUGAAAUUAAAACUGAAAUCAAACAGGAAAACAUGAAACCUCCACCAGAGAAGAAACCUAGAAAUAUGUAAUAAACUUU